AUCUUCGAAAGUUUUCCAAGGUCAAGGAUCUACGAAUCUUGAUUAUCACUUGCGACUGAUAUUUGUCGAUAAUAAUCAACUGACUGCUUUCCAUCUACUGACAAGUAGAUUUUAAAAGUGAUUCUCUUCUAGUUUGAUAAAAUAUGCUUCGCGCAAGUAAAAAUUUAAGCAAAUUGCAAAGGUUUUAUACCUCUGGCGUGCAACGUGUUGUCGCCAUAAGACGAGAAGAUAACUCGGUGUGGGAAAGAAGAGCCCCCCUUGCUCCUCAUCAUGUGAAGUUGUUAGUUAAAAAUGGUGUAAAAGUUCUUGUUCAGCCAUCAAAUAGAAGGGCUUAUAACAUGGCGGAAUACGCUGCUGUUGGAGCAAAAGUUCAAGAAGACAUAAGCGAAGCACCAGUUAUAAUUGGCGUUAAAGUUGUUCCAAUUGAUGUCUUGCAGCCCAAUAAAACUUAUGUCUUUUUUUCCCACACUAUCAAAGCUCAAGAAGCUAAUAUGCCAUUACUGGAUGCCAUGCUUGAAAAAAACAUACGAUUGAUUGACUAUGAAAAAAUGGUUGAUAGCCAAGAUAAAAGGGUUGUCGCUUUCGGUAAAUAUGCCGGUGUAUCGGGUAUGAUCAAUAUCCUACACGGAAUGGGUCUCAGGCUGCUAGCUCUUGGUCAUCACACUCCGUUUAUGCAUAUUGGACCAUCUCAUAAUUACAGAAAUAGCGGUAUGGCUAGUCAAGCAAUUAGAGACGCAGGUUAUGAAAUAUCUUUGGGUAGAAUGCCUCAAUCAAUUGGUCCAUUGACAUUUGUAUUUACUGGAAGUGGAAACGUAUCCCAAGGUGCUCAGGAAAUUUUUCAAGAUUUACCACAUGAAUAUGUUGAACCAGAGCACCUACCAAAAGUGGCCAAACACGGAUCUACGAAAAAAGUCUACGGUUGUGUUGUUAGUAGAGAAGAUCAUUUAUUCAAUAAAGAAACAAAGAAAUUUGAAGCAGAGGAAUUUGAACAACAUCCCGAACUUUAUGCUUCCAACUUUGCUUUGAAUAUUGCCCCGUAUGCUUCUUGUAUCAUAAAUGGAAUAUAUUACGCCCCGAAUUCUCCGCGAUUAAUAUCGAUUCCUGAUGCCAAAAAUUUACUUCAACCUCAGCUCCAGCCGUGGCUUCCCACAAGCCCUGGAUGCCCACAACUUCCUCAUAGACUACUAGCUAUUUGUGACAUAUCAGCUGAUCCUGGCGGUUCCAUCGAAUUUAUGAAAGAGUGUACAACCAUCGAUUCACCAUUUUGUUUAUACGAUGCUGAUCAGAAUAUGGAAACCGAAAGAUUCUCUGGUGACGGCGUUCUUAUCUGCUCUAUCGACAAUAUGCCAGCUCAAAUUCCAAGAGAAGCUACGGAUUUCUUUGGCUCACUUCUUUUACCUUACAUUCCAGAUCUAAUUAAUUCUAAUGCCAAUGAACCUUUUACGGAAAUGGAAGCUUCUCCCGUAGUAAAAAAUGCUGUUAUAACUUCCGGUGGCUCACUUACCCCUAACUUUGAAUAUAUUAAAAAGCUAAGGGAACAAAAAUCACAACAGGCAAAAGCACAGUCGGUUGCAAGGUCAUCCGUGCAAAAAGUACUCAUUUUAGGAGCAGGUUAUGUAUCAGCUCCAGUUGUUGACUAUCUAACAAGAGAUACUAGAAUAAGCGUAACUGUUGCCGCUCAAAUAAAAGAAGAAGUUGAUAAAUUAGCUCAAACCUAUCCUAACACUGAACCCGUCUUAUUGGAACUUCAUAGGAGCCAAAAUGAAGUUGAGGAUUUAAUUAAAGAUCAUGACUUAGUUAUAAGUUUACUACCUUACGCACUACAUCCAGAAAUAGCCAAACUAUGUAUUAAGUAUAGGACCAAUAUGGUAACCGCAAGUUACUGCAGUCCAGCUAUGCAAGAAUUACAUUCAGCAGCGAGAGAUGCCGGAAUCACAAUCAUGAAUGAAGUAGGUGUUGAUCCUGGAAUUGAUCACAUGUUAGCCAUGGAAUGUUUCGAUGAAGUUAAACUUCACGGAGGAAAAAUAAACUCUUUUGUAUCGUACUGUGGUGGUCUGCCAGCUCCUGAGAAUUCAGAGAAUCCACUUCGAUACAAAUUCAGCUGGUCACCUCGAGGAGUUUUGUAUAACAUCAUUUCACCAGCAAAAUAUCUCCAAAAUGGUAAAAUUGUUGAAAUUGAGGGAGAUGGAGGACUUUUAAAAUCCACUAAAAAAAUGAAUUUCCUACCUGGAUUUCAUCUGGAGGGAUUCCCGAAUCGUGAUUCUCUUCCAUACUCUAAAAUGUAUAAUAUAGAAUCUGCCCAUACUAUUUUAAGAGGAACCCUAAGAUACAGUGGAUUUUCGGAAUCUGCAGAAGGCUUAUUGAGAGUUGGACUGAUUAGUCCUGAUCCCCACCCAAAACUGCAUCCUGGAGGCCCUGAUAUUACUUGGAGAGAAUUUAUAUCAGAGUUGGUAAAACAACCUAAUGAUAUCUUGACUGACUCACUUAGAGAUCACGUAUUUGACGAAUUAGGUGGAAGCUAUCCAAGAUUACAAGUUCUCGAAGAGCUUGGGUUGUUCGACGAUGAACUAGUAGAUAAGAAAGGAUCGCCUCUCGAUACUUUAUCAAAUUAUUUGUCUAAAAGGCUAUCAUAUGCUCCCGGUGAACGUGAUAUGAUUGUUAUGAGACACGACGUCGGACUACAAUGGGCUGAUGGAAAAGAAGAAAUGAGAAAUAUAGAUUUUGUUGUCUAUGGUAAUCCUAAAGGUUAUACGGCCAUGGCAGCCACUGUAGGAUAUCCAACAGGAAUAGCAGCAAAAAUGAUUAUCGAUGCUGAGAUACAAGCCAAAGGAAUGGUACUACCUUUCUCGGCAGAUAUUUAUCGACCUAUAUUGCAAAGAUUAAAAUCCGAAGGAUUUGAAGCUAGAGAAAAAUCCGAGAUAUUAAAAUAGAUGUUCAAAGAAAGCUAUUGAAUUUUCAAUAUGUUUAUUAAGCCUCUUUUUUGAAAUAUAAGCACUGCAGAUAGUUUGUUUAAUUAGUUUUCGAGCUUCAUUAAAAUUAAUUUAAAAAAAUCGCCAAAAUUUGUUCUAGAAAUCUUUCUAGAAUAUGUUUAUUAGAUCGAAACAGAAUGUACAAAAAUUAAUUUAGUAUUUUAUACCUAGAGGUAUUCAACCAUUAAAAAGAAGCAUUCCUUAAUCUAGGAAGCCUUAGAAUAUAUUAUUAAUACAAUGAACAAUAAUUUAGCGUAGAAGAUUAAGACGAACGAUUAAGUUUGUUCAAAAUCCUUUAAGAAUUCUGAAUCUUAAGAUUUGCUUAAUCUUCAUACGCUCCUCUAACAGAGAAUUUUUUAGAAUUAGUAAAAAAUUAAAAAAUAAAAGAAAGAUUAGCAUAUCCCUUAAAUGAACAAAUUAAAAGUAAAACUUUCAAUUCAAGAAUAAAAAUUAUGCAGAUAUCUUAGAUAUAUUUACUUAAUUCGUUUAAAUUAUAUAGAAAGAGCUUAAUUCCUGAAAGUUUUUAUGAAAAGUAUUAGAAAAUGAAAGUCUGUUACUUUUCGUCUUGAUUCGUCAUGCAAAUCGAGUUUUUGGCACUAAAUAACUGAAUGCAGGAUCAUUUGACUGCUAAAUUGAUUGUUCUGAACGUUCAAAUCAUAUUUCCUACCGGUUUAAAAAGUCCAUACUUGGAUGAUGAUCGUCCUUUUCUUCUAGCAAACAUAGGAUAUAUAGUCUCAUCUAUAAUAGGUCGAACCUGACAAAAUCCUUUCUUGACCCCUUUUCCGACAAAUAUGUCAUAAAUCUUUUCAUUAGUAAUAGGUCUAGAUUGUACAAAGGUAUGUGUCCUCUUCAGUUGGUUAACUUUUUGAUCCUGCUCGAUCUUAGGUAAAGAUAAUAACUUCCUAUUGUUAUAAAAUUUUACAGUAGUCGGUUUAUGUAGAUUCAGAUGAGGUAAAAUAACUCUUUCAGCAGGCUUAACAGUUCUUCCUGUUAGAAAACCGCUAAGGUGUUGUUGUUUGUUAUUAGAUGGAAUAAAGGACAUUGUUGACUUCGAUCGGCUUCCUAGCUUCUCAAAAUCUGUCAUUUUCUCUCUGCCGUUAUGCUAUAAAAAUGAUAGGAUAAUACUAUUUAUAUUACUUAGGCCGGCCUAUUGACUAUGCAAAUUCCUCGUUUUUCAAGUACUUACCUCAUUCAUGGUUUUGUUUAUAUACUUUCUCUCCAUAAUGACUAUCUUAUACAGAAUUCAGCUACUGGUUCGAUAAAUUGGUCUUAUUAACGCUUAUUAUAUAUCAUAAUUAGGUAUAAUAUACGUUAUUUGAACAUUGGUAAUGGGAAUUGAUUAUAUGAUAUCUUAUAUCUGAAAGAGCUUAAAUUAUAUGGUUCAUAUAUUUAUAAAUGAAAACUUAAAAUGUUAUUAUGUGCAACAGGUACAAGAAUUUAUUUGUUUAAUGAUUAUGAAUGAUCAAUUUCGGUAUAACAACAUUCAGAG